CCUGCCAUAAGCUACAGUGAUGAUUAUUAUGCUUCCUAUUGUGCAGCUCGGGGACCAGAACCAGCCCUGAUGUGGUGCUAUUAUACCAGCAUUGCUGCACAGGAAUGAAAAUACAUGGGAACUUAGCAUAAAAUUAAGUAUUUUCAAUGUAGAUCAAUUAUCUGAAUGAUUAAGUUUUAAAUACUUGGCUUUUGGUUUCAAGGGCUCAUGAAAUCAGCUCAGCAGAAGUUUGUUCUAACCUUUGUGAAGCAGCCAUCAGAACAUGAUUGCACCGAGGUCAUAAAGGGAUGGACGGGGUCAACAACAAUAACCAGGUAGCCUCCAACAUAUAAAUGAACCCCCCACUAUUACGCCAUCAACAGUUGAUACAAGGCUUGAUGGAUCCAUGCUUGCAUUUAUCCAAUUAUGUGUUGCCCAUGUGAACUGUAGUUCAGUUUCCUUUUCUUGAAACAGGAAACCCACACCGGGUGUCACUCCUGCUGCUAUCACCAUCUGCAUCAAGACUUGACGUAUUGUGCAUUCAGAGAUGCUCUUCUGCACAUCUUCUGCACAUCUUCUGCACAUCUUGGAUGUAGUGAGUGGUUAGGUUACUCAGUUUUCCUCACUUCAAAGCAGUCUGGCCAUUUUCCUCUGACGUCAACAAGGUAUCUUCACCCAGAGAACUGCUGCUCACUGGAUGUUUUCAUUUUUUUAGGCCACCCUCUGUGACGCAUAAAGAUGGUUGUCUGAGGCAGGCUGUUUGACAACAACCAUACAGACAGGACUGGAUUUCAGCCGCAGCAGCAGCAGCAGCAGCGACCGAUGCCUCUGAACUCCUCUGAUGGAAACCGGACCACCUCCGCCUUCACCUCCAAACUUACCCCAGCUGCUGACAUAUGCGUGGGACUGGCCAUCUUCUCCAUCGCUCUGCUCUCUGUCCUGGGGAAUGGGCUGGUGCUGGUGAUCUGUUACCUCAGGAGGAAGAAGAUGGUGGGCUCGGAGCUGCUGUGCGUCAACCUGGCUGUUGUCGACUUCCUCUGCUGCAUCUGCUUCUACCCGCUCGCCAUCCUGUCCUCCUUCCACCACGCCUGGCUGGGAGAAAACGUCACUUGCGUUUACUACGGCUUCGGCUGCUACAUCUUCGGCUUGUGCGGCAUGUUCACCAUCACUGCCAUCAGCGUCAUCCGCUACCUAAAGACCUGCUGCCGCUUGGCUUACGCUGUGUGGCUGAAAGGAGCCAACAUCCGCCUCUUGUGCUGUGCUAUCUGGCUGGUUGCUACAGUGUGGUCCAGCUUCCCUCUGUUCGGCUGGGGCGAGUACGUCCCCGAGCCUUACGGACUGUCCUGCACAAUCGCCUGGCGGGGUUAUCACACCUCCGCCAAGGAUGCCUUCUAUGUCAUCUGCUCCUUCGCCUGCUUCACGCUGGUUCCCGUCCUCCUCAUUGUGGUGUCGCAGUGCAGGAUCCUCUACAAGGUGUCCCGCUUCUCCUACUCGCUGUCUGCUAGAGGCAUCCGCAACAACCUGCGCCACGCUGAGAAGCGGCUCUCCAUGAUGUUUUUCUGCAUCAGUUUGGGUUUUGUAAUUGCCUGGGCCCCCUACGCUGUCGUGUCCUUCCUUUUCAUUUUCCACAAGGAGCACCGGUACAUGGCUCCGGAGGGUUUCGUGUUGCCCGCCCUCUUCGCCAAAAGCUCCCACAUCUACAACCCAUUCAUCUACUUCUACUUCAACAAGACUUUCCAGCGGGAGCUCCACCGGCUGCUUCUUUCAACCUACCACAAGCUGGGAGGAAACAGAGUCGGAGUCCACGUUACCAUGGCCCAUCAGGCCCCAAACCCCAUCCAUAUUCAGCUCCAGGAACAAGGAUCCUGCCAAAAGAAUAAAUUGGGCUCGACUCAGGAUGGAACUCAAAGCAAACGCAAACAUAAACGCAAAGUACUGCAGAGCAGCAACAACCACAACAGGCUGGUGUACACCUGCUGGGGCUCCACGUCGAAGAAAGCCUCCACCAUCUCCAAUAAUAAACCUGCCAGGGCCUCCAUGCCUAUCUCUAUAUAAACUCUAACAAAUUAAUUAGGGGUCAUUGCACUAAUCUUUGAGAAAUUGCUGACUUCAUCAUGCAUCCCAACAACCAUUAGUCUAACCCACGUGGGCCAGGGUAGCGCGUAGUGUUGCAUUUGAGUUCACCGAGACGAGCAGUUCACAUAUUUGGGCUAAUUCUGUGUUGCCAGUGUUUCCCCUGCAGUCGCCGCAGCCUGCACCACUCUGUGUGUGUUGGGGAAGUUUUACAGUAAGAAACUUUUACCAGAUGUCAUCAUCUAUGUGGUCUUAACUUAUUGUAAAGAAAGCUGAAGAGGUUAAAACCACAUCAAAACUGUAUAGAUAUAUAUUUUUUGCUCUUUUGUCUCGUUUCUUGAUUCGUGUUAUUUGGAUGAGCAGCUGUUGAGAAAAGCUGUGACCAGUCUCCCCGUUCUGCACGACUACGUUUUGAACACACACACACAAUUAGUGAAUGUAUCUUUGUCGCUGUCCUCUUUUUCAAACAAUAACUUGCCUGCAUGUGAUGCGUUUGUGGGCUCCGUACUGCAUUUGCUGAUUUUGUAAGUUAUGCGUGAGACUGUGAGAACGUAUUUCGACCAGUGUGUGUCCAAAUACUUCGACUCAGAGAGAAAGCAUGUGAGGACUGUUCACAGGCGUCAGACGAACUGGAGUUCAGCUUGAAUUACAUUUUUUAAAACGAGACUUGCAGUCUUUGAACAUUUAUGUAAUUUGGACAUUUCAGUGUUUCAUUUUUAAUAAACUUAUAAAAC